AUGCUAGGUAUUGAGUUCAAGAAGCUUCAGCAAGCUCAACAGGUCCAAAAGAAGCUUCUGAUGCAGGAAAAAAUCCCACUGAGUCAACAUUUCGAGGCUAAGGAGUUUGCCCAAAAAAUAAUGCAGAUCUUAGAAAAGGAGAUUCCACGACUGGAAAAACGCCAGCCCGCUAGGAGCCUGUCCACGCCUGAUUCGCGGUCGCCACCCACCUCACCGAUAGCAAGCGAGCCUUCACCAACCACAACCCCUUCACCCUCUCCUCCUAGCAACUCUGGGAGCCAAAUUUCUGUCAUUAAGGUGCAGGAGGAGGAUGCCUUAUCGCCGAGGAGGCGGAUUUCGCGGAAAAGAAGAACUCAGUCAGCCCCUUCACAAAUUCCUUCGAGAUCGCCAUCCUCUUCUCUAUGUUCAGGUGACGAUGGAUCCGACAACCUCCAUAGUCGAGGCUCCGAGCCAGAAAAGCAGGGUCAAAACGCUGGUGAGGACCGUGGAGGCGCAUAUAUGCAGAUGCCACCCUUUGGACCACCAAAACUGGUGUCUCGCCCACCCAUUAGACGACGAUCUCCUGAUCGUCCAGAUUCGCCCAGCGACACAUUUGACCAGCGACCAACAAUGCAUGGUAGUGGCUCUGGUCCGGCUCGAAGAGGGCGCAACAGCAGCAAGAUAUCAGAAUAUGGCAAUGGAGGCGAGGUAACUGCUACGCAUAGAACAGGCGGUGUUGGUCUGCCAUCAGGAAGGUGGAAAGAAAAGUCUAAGCAAGAUCAGUAA